CUCAACUCUCCAAUGCGUCCUACGCUCUCAGCUGAAAGUGAGACAUUUCCGAGACACUCAAGCAAGCAGGCAGGCAGUCAGCGACUCAGUGGUGUAGUAUUCUCGUCCUUUGCCACGACUUCCAUCCUUCUUAACGACUCUACCUUGCUCAUAUCUCUACCGACCGUACAAUGAGGUUUCAGACUGCGAAUUAGGUGUGCACAAGACUGGGGCCCGGAGCUCUUUUUCGGACGAUUCCUCCAGCAUGGAGGACUCGAAAAUUGCGCAACAUGAACUUACUCCCCGGGACAUAUCUGAACACGUGGAGGAUAAAGCUUGGGAUGAGGACAAAAUCACGAAGGCAGCCUGCUCCGACCAGUCUCCUAACAGCAGCAUCGGCGAGGGGAAUGUUGAUUCGGUCACCGACAGCGAAAAGCAGAAGAUAGCAGAAGGAGCUGCACACUUUCGAAGGUUGGGCUGGAAACGUCUAACCGUUGUGCUUGUCGUUGAGGCUAUCGCUCUCGGUGUCCUGACGCUGCCAGCCUCAUUUGCGACCUUAGGGAUGGUGGCAGGUACGAUCUGCUGCAUCGGAGUGGGCGUCAUCGCAAUCUAUGCCAGCUAUCUUGUCGGAGAAAUGAAGAUCGCAUUUCCCACCAUUCAUCAUUACGGUGAUGUUGGAACUCUCAUGUUGGGGAAGUUCGGCAGAGAGCUUUUCGGUGUCAUGUUUGUGCUACAGCUCAUUCUGGUGACUGCAUCCUACUGCUUGACCGGCACAAUUACUUUUGAUGUCCUGACCAAUAAUGCGACAUGCUCCAUGGUAUUCGGGAUUGUUUCGGCUGUGUUACUGAUGCUAUUGGCCGUCAUGCCAUCCUUUACCGACGCGGCUAUCCUGGGCUACAUCGACUUCGGCUCGAUAAUGGCAGCCAUCAUUAUCGCCAUCAUUGCUACUGGCGUGGAAGCUGCGAACAAGCCCGGGGGACUAGCAGGGGUCAAUUGGUCCGCAUGGCCCAGACCUGGCACGACUGUUGCAGACGGGUUCAUCGCAGUUUCAAAUAUCGUGUUUGCUUACAGUUUCGCCAUGUAUCAAUUCUCCUUCAUGGACGAAAUGCACAAGCCACAGGACUAUAUGAAGUCUAUCUGGACAUUGGGUGGCCUAGAGAUCGUGAUCUACACUCUCGUGGGCGCAUUGAUCUAUGCUUUUGUUGGUGUAGACGUCCAAAGUCCCGCACUGCUCUCCAUGAGCAGUUUGAUGACCAAAAUCGCAUUCGGGGUAGCAUUGCCGGUAAUUUACAUUUCUGGCGCUCUCAACAACACGGUCACGGCUCGAUAUGUACAUCUGCGCCUGUACGAGAAUUCGGUGGUCAGAUACAUCAACACCCCUAAAGGCUGGACGACAUGGCUACUUGUUCUACUGGCCAUCACAGUCUGUGCCUGGGUCAUCUCGGAGGUGAUUCCCUUUUUCAACGAUCUCCUCGCUCUCAGUUCGGCAUUAUUUGUUUCUGGAUUUGUUCUUUAUAUCCCAGCCGUCAUGUGGUUCAUGUUUCUUCGUAAGAGCGAGGGCAACAAUCGAAAACGAUUACUGCACGACUUAUCCGCUGCGUUUCUGUUCUGUGUUGGCAUUAUCGUGUUGGGUGGUGGGACCUAUUCCAGUAUUGUCGAUAUUAAGCGUCAGUUCGACAGAGAGACUGUAAGAGGCGUCUUCACAUCAUUGAUACUUGGGUGUAUAUGGCUCGCUGGUUCAAAUGUACAUGGCUAG